CUAGGCGUUGAAGUUCACAAGCUGUCUCAUCAGUCCGUCGCUGCUCACAUGAUGAUCCGUCCGUACAUGCCAGACAUUCACCUGAGAUGGGAGUUCAUGCAGUAAUAUCCAAAAAAAAGGCCUGUCAUAUCGUCCUCACCUCGGUACAGUUGGAUGCAAGAGGCUCAAAGUCACUCAGCGGCAGUCCAAACUGGGUGAGAAAGUCUGUUUCCUACAUUAUUACGCAGAUUGUCGUCACUAGAAUAAAGUAGCAGGUUACAUCAAGUCAAACGUGUCGUCUCUCAUACCAAGCCGAAUCGCUUCUCAGAGUUUGGGUCCCAACGCGGCGCGUUUGAGGAAUAUGGAAGGAAAAAGCCAACGUGGAUCCCAAAUCCUGCGAAGGUAUCGACUGUUUGUAUGUUUAGAAACCCAUUUGGGUGUCUCCCUGGCCCACCUGACGUAUCAAUAGGAUACCUAGCUCCCCGCCACUGCUCAAAGCAUUCCCCGAAGGAGCAAAUCAGCCGAUGAAAGCCUGGCAACCGCUCCUUACAGGGAUGUAGUCGCGUAUUUUUCCUGUUCUUGCGUCCACGACGCAUCGCUGGAAGAGGAAUCCCGAAACAGACCCCACCGGCCACACUCCUAUCCUCUUCACUUUGCGUAUCUCUGCAAAUAGCUGAAGGUCGUACGCGUUAUCGUCAUCUGCGAAAUAGACCACGCCGGCCUGAACGUCGAAAAAGCGCAGUCCGAACACUCAGACGAACCCAGGACAAUAAUUCUUCCUUAUGCUGACCUCAUAGGCUUCUCGCAGGUAGGUGUCAGUCUCGCUGUUAAUCAUAUGGCGAAUGUAGUCGAGUGCUGCAUUCCUCUGCUCUGCACCCUUGACACGGUAUUGGCCAGCCGUCGGAAAGUGAAGGUGCGACCAAUGACUCACAGGACUGUCGUGCAACAAUCUCUCAAUGCGCUUGCUGGGCCUUUCUGCAUCCUCAACCAACGUCAGAUGCUGAAAACAUGCAGUUGCGGGGUGAACGGGCAAGAGAGAGACACUGCAACUGAUACCAAAUUCUCAACGUGGCCGAUAGUAUUGGUAAACCGCACAAGAUCAAGGCGCUGUGUCACACGGCUGUACGUCGGUGUUAUCACAAACAGCCAACGGACCCCGGGGCACCUAACAGGAACCAACACAGGGGGAAAGUGACAAGGCGACGGCUCGUACCACCAAUGUAUUGGGGCAAGCGAAUAGGAAUUGGAAUGCUGAUAUUUCCGUGCAAGGCCAGGGAUGAAUGGUUGCCGGAUCUUUUGAACGAUAUCCUGAGGUAUCUCCCCCCGUUGCGGACGACCGGCAUGCCAUCCUUGAUCAUUACUCGUGCACUCGUCGGAGACUCCACAAUACUUCAUCCGGUAUGCGUAUGAAAAAGCGAGCAGAGAGAGAAAAAACAAAGACAGCAUCAUAGCAACUACCGGGACGAACGGUUACCUGGGGAGGUGGUCGCAUUCUGAGAAUUCUCGUCCUAAACCGUACAU